GCGCCGGCUAAGGGAGGGGGCGCGGCGGUGGCUCAGGAGUCCGGCGCUCCCUGAGGCUGUGGACACGAUGCUGGCUGGGUCCUGUUGUGCUUUGGGGUCGACCGGAAUGUGACGGGCGGCCCCUCGACUCGCCUUCGGUCCGGGUACCCACAGGUCGCUGGGCGACCAGCAACCGGGCCGCGGCCGAGAGGAGGCAGCGCGACCUCCGCACGGUUAAAGGUCCAGGAGAGGAAUUAUAAUGUCAGAUGGUAUGAAAGUUUUAUCAGUUUCAAAAAAGAAUACCAGAUAUACUUUAAAAAGAUUCUGUCAAAUUUUAAGGGCAAAUGUACCUUAUAGCUCAUGGAAGAAAAAACACAAAUCAAGACAUUUUUGGGUUCCAAGUUGCCAAAGUAUGGAACAAAAUCUGUAAGAAGUACACUGCAGCCAAUGCCAAAUGGGACAGCCGUUAACGUAUUAGCAACUUCCAACAGUAGUAAUGUCAAAAGUUACAUAAAAAAUAAUGGGUCUGAUUGUUCAUUGUCCCAUUCAUUUAAUUGGAGAAAAACAAACAAAUACCAACUUACUGCACAAAGUACUGAAGAAUCUGGCAGUUCUCAGAGUUCACAUGAUAAAUUAAUUGAUCCUGAAAAACAUGCUUCUACUCAAGGAAUGUUUGAAAAAAAUGGGAUAAAGGGAGGUUUAAAAAGUGUAUCUUUAUUCACAUCAAAGUUGGCAAAGCCAACCACUAUGUUUGUAUCAUCUUCAGAGGAGUUAAACCAAAAAUCUUUUUCUGGACCAUCUAAUUUGGGUAAAUUCACCAAAGGCACAUUAUUAGGAAGGACUUCAUAUUCUGCGGUCAGUGCUCCAAAAUCUCAGUUGAAUGGAUUUUAUGGAAACCGAUCGACUGGUAGCAUGCAAAGACCUAGAGCAAACUCCUGUGCCACCAGAAGCAGUUCUGGAGAAAGUUUAGCACAGUCCCCAGACAAUAUUAAAUCUGUUACUUGUGAAAAAAUGGUAAGGUCACAAAGUUUUUCACAUUCCAUUCAGAAUCCAUUCCUUCCACCUUCAUCUAUAACCAGAUCACAUUCCUUCAAUAGAGCUGUAGAUCUUACGAAGCCUUAUCAGAACCAACAGUUACCUAUCAGAAUGCCUCUGCGAUCAAGUAUGCUAACAAGAAAUUCCCGACAGUCAGAAGUACUCAAUGGGAAUGAACAUUUGGGCUAUGGAUUUAAUAGGCCUUAUGCUGCUGGUGGAAAGAAGUUGGCUUUACCAAAUGGUCCAGGUGUAACUUCCACUUUGGGUUAUAGGAUGGUUCAUUCCUCUCUACUGAAAUCUAGUAGACCUCCAUUUUCUGGGACUAUUACAGUUGAUGGUAAUAAAAAUUCACCUGCUGACUCGUGUGUAGAGGAGGAGGCUACAGUUUUGGCUAAGGACAGUGUUACUAAUAAGGACCAAGAACUCAUUGAAAAUGAAAGUUAUAGAACAGAAAACAACCAGACCAUGAAGCAUGAUGCUAAAGUUAGGUACUUGAGUGAUGAUGUGGAUGAUAUUUCCUUGUCGUCUUUGUCAUCUUCUGAUAAGAAUGAUUUAAGUGAAGAUUUCAGUGAUGAUUUUAUAGAUAUAGAAGACUCCCAUAGAACUAGAAUAACUCCAGAGGAAAUUUCUCUCAAAGAAGAAAAGCAUGAAAAUGUACCGUCAAAGGAUAUAUUUGAUUCCCCCAAGGAAAAUGAAAAAACCUUCAGUAAAACUGAUGAAUGGAUAGAUAUAAGUGUUUCUGACAGGAGUGAAUGUACAAAACAUUCUUCUGGAACUAAUUUGAUUUCACCAGAUACAGAUUAUAGAGCUGGUUCUUCAUUUGAACUUUCUCCAUCUGAUAGCUCCGAUGGAACAUACAUGUGGGAUGAAGAGGGCUUGGAACCCAUUGGAAAUGUCCAUCCAGUUGGCAGCUACGAUUCUUCUGAAAUGAACAGCAUAGAUAUUCUUAAUAAUCUUGAAUCAUGUGACCUUGAAGAUGAUGAUCUUAUGCUUGAUGUGGAUCUGCCUGAGGAUGCACCUCUUGAAAAUGUGGAGUGUGACAAUAUGAACCGCUUUGACCGACAAGACAGAAAUGUUCGGCAGUCUCAGGAAGGAUUUUGGAAAAGACCACCCCAGAGGUGGAGUGGACAGGAACAUUACCACCUCAGCCAUCCUGACCACUAUCAUCAUCAUGGAAAAAGUGACUUGAGCAGAGGCUCUCCUUAUAGAGAAUCUCCUUUGGGUCAUUUUGAAAGCUAUGGAGGGACCCCCUUUUUCCAGGCUCAGAAGAUGUUUGCAGAUGUACCAGAAAAUACAGUGGUACUGGAUGAGAUGACCCUUCGGCACAUGGUCCAGGAUUGCACUGCAGUAAAAACUCAGUUACUCAAACUCAAACGUCUGCUACAUCAGCAUGACGGAAGUGGGUCAUUGCAUGAUAUUCAGCUAUCAUUGCCAUCUAGUCCAGAACCAGAAGAAGGUGAUCAGAUACAUAAGAAGGAAGAUUUAUUAAAUGAAAUGAAACAACUUAAAGAGGAAAUAAAGAAAAAAGAUGAAAAAAUACAACUAUUAGAACAUCAACUUGCAACCCGGUGUAACUGCCACCAAAAAGCUAAAGAGGAAAAAUGCACAUAUGCUGAUAAAUAUACCCAAACACCCUGGAGAAGAAUUCCUCCUCAAGUACUACAGCCUUCCAGCAGCCUGCCCAGACCCACAGACCACGCCCAGGGAAAACUAAUAAAGUCACAACAUAUCGAGGCCCACAGUGAGCAUGCAGUCCAAGGCAUGCACCAGAGCCAUGCCCUUCCAGAUGGAGGCCUUACACAUGGCUUGCAACAAGAAAACAAUUAUGAUUUGGAAAACCGGCCCUCUUCAUCAAGCCCACAGUUCAAAAUGGAUAUAGCUAAGAGUGCACCUUCUGAAGCGAACUUGAACAUGACCAUGAAUGUUCAAGAGCCUUAUCAUUUGACAAAGAAUCAGAUUAGUGACAUGCAGUUUGUACCUACUUCUCUACAGACACCGCCCCAGUUAAGUAUAGUAGACCAGGCUAAGAGAAUUGGAAGAGAUCAGUCUCCACCGGUGGGCUACCCGUCUCAGCCCAAAUCCUUAAAAUUGUUAAAGCCAUCCAUCUUAAGUUCUUUGGCACCCCCUCCAGAUUCUGAAUCAUCUCCAAGUAGGACUCCCACUUGUAAGAAGUCACCGACAAUCACACCAUGUAAUUCAACAAAACUACAGCCAGCAUCUAGUCAAACAAAUCUGGCAAAUAAUCUGAAUCUGAAAACAUCUAAGCUCCGUCUUCCUUCCAGCUCUUUCAAACAAAAACAGAUCAGCAACCCCCAACUAGAGCCUCAAAACUUCCCGUCCAAGACAAGCAUCCCAAGGCCACUAGCACGACAAAAAGAAAUCAUGCAGAAUCCAAAUGGCAAUUUGCAUUCUGGGGAUUGUUUGGCCUCUAAUCGAUAUUCUCGUCUUCCUAAACCAAAGAUACAUUAAGUACAUAGCCAUCACCUGCCAAUUUGUUUUUUUUUUUUUUUUAAACAAUCUGUUCUGUAAUAGCUUUAUGUGCAAUUUGCUACCAUGUUGGAGGUUCCACUGAAAGCAUGCAACUCUUAAAAUUAAAAUGUGGAAGCUUCUCCUAGUUUGGCUCUUCCAUUUUAUAUCCUGGUUGAAGUAUAUACCAUUUGAGCAUACUCGUCUCAGGUAAACAGAAGUUUGCUUUCCCAUCUCAGAGGCCCACAGAAGUCUCUAAUCAUGGUAUCCAUCCCUCUGCACAUCAGCAAAGUAAUAAUAUUUCUCUUAGCAGGCAAGAAGUAGGCUUUGCUGAUUUAGUCCUAUUGUAUCUGUAUUAAUUGUGGUUAUCCGAACCCCAGCCCCUUUCGCUUGUUCCUCCUGUGACUAUGGCUACUUAUUUAACUCAAGAUGUGGUGAUGAUGGAAGAUGGUAGUCUGUAGAGUUCCUGGCCAGUGUUUUAUAUAUUUAAAGGUCUAUGCAAAAGUUUGUGAUAUAUAAAGGAGAAGGAGAUCAGGCUUUUAAUGGGAAGACUAUGUUAAGUUUUAUUUUUUUCUUACUAGAAUCAGCAGGCUAGUCUGUUUAUUUGUUUACCAAAUUCCCCAGACUGAAAAUGUUCAGUAUUAUAUAUAAACCAAUUAUAUGUUGCUUUAAAAUCUUGUUUUUCAUACACACAUACAAUUUGUGCUUGUAUUGCUACUGGGUAAAUUUGGAGAGCUUGAAUACACCUGAAACCUAUACCUAUGGUGUAUCCAUUUGUAACAUAUGUUGGUGCUAGAGUUUUGCUGGCAAUUCAGUUUUGAACCCUACAGGACUUUUGGAUCAUUAUAAAUGUUUUUUAAGGUUCCACAGCAUUUAUUUUAAGUUAAGUCUUUAUUGUAAUUAUUUAUAUUUAUUGACUUCUGUUCAUAUAUGAAGACUGGAAUAGUGGACUUGAAAUAUUUGCACAAAACUUUGAUGGGAUAUAAAUGUCCUAUGCAUAGGGAUUUAAAACUUAUUUUCUAUAGCAAAACAAGUUAAAUAUUUUGAGAAAAGUUAUAAAUUUAAGUACAACUAUCUUGAUAAAGUUGGAAUUCAUAAUAGUUUCACAUUUCUGAGUUUCUUAGGUUUCCAUUUUCUGUUGUAUAUUUGAAUGACAAUUUCUUGAAAAGUAGAUUAGGGAAGAAAAAUAGAAUUGUAGAUGGGAAAUAGUAUUUCAUUAAAGAGUAUUUCAAAGGGAGUAUGCUUAUUUAUUUUAAUAUUCUACAAAAGGUGUUUAUGGAACCCCUAAGCAACCAUGUGCACGAACCCAAUCAUGCUGCAGGCCACUUAUCAGACAGUUCGGUUGAUUUGCAUUCUUUUCUCCCAAAUCAUGUCAUCUUUAGGCUGGUCAUAUGUAGCUGAAUUUAAUUGAAAUUAAUAUUUUUCAGACAGAUAACCUUACAAGGUCAAUUUUUAUUUUAAUCAGCUGACCCAAACUAUGGAAUUAUAACUGUACCAAAUGGAAAAAAAUUUGUCACUCAAAUUCUAGGGAUUCCUCCAAAAAAUGUACUUUGGUUAAAUUAAAUGACACUUUGUAAGAAAAACAACAGCAAGUGCUUUGGUGGAAAUUUCUAAAGAUGUGCUCCUUACCAUUUUGAUUCAGUCUUCCCUUUCUUACCAGAGAACCAGUAAGUUAAUUUUCCAUUCUGGUAUACAGACUUUGCUUGUAUUUGUCUAACAGAUGAGCAACACAAAUCUAGUAUCAUACUCUUAUACCACAGCACUUCUGUCAGAAAAGUGCUAAAGUUUACACAAUGCUUUGCAUGGUCCAGAUAUCAUUGGUACAGAGUAAUCUUAUAUAUCGGCAAAGCUCUUUUUCUUUGCAGAGGUAAGCUAUGAUGAGUACAGCUGUAGAUGAACACAUUUUGAAGGAGAAAAUUGUUUUCAUGCAUUGCAAAUAGGAUCUUAUCCUAUUGUGUUUCGCUAAAGUAAAACAUACUAAUGAGUUGGGUAGGCUUUUGGUUUAUUAUUAGAAGUUGGUGUAGACCCUUAUGAAAUACUAUUUACAAAUUGGUCUUAUCCUUAGGGAGAAAGUUUUUAAUUUUUAAUUUAUUUUUCAUGCUCUAGUCUGAGGGAAAUAUCUAUUGUUCAUUACAUAAAAAUGUUGACUCCAGGGGCUGGGGAGAUAGCUCACUUGGUAGAGUGCUUGCCUUGCAAGCACAAGGCCCUGGGUUCGAUCCCCAGCACCAAAAAAAAAAAAAAAUUUGACUCCACUAAUUUGUUUA